AUGACCACCGACGAAAAUUUACGUCGACAGGAAGAGAAUCCGCAUGUAUCCGUAGAGGCUAUAAAAAACGCCGCGUCUCCCGUGGUUGAUUCUGCUCACAGAGCCGAUGGUGAUGAAAUUAUUCUGCAAGCACGAUCUCAUUCCGUUUCCUCAGUGACGAGUUCGAACAUUGAUGGGAUCCGUGGACGGAGAGUGUCUGCCGUUAACCUAAACCAGAGAUCCGGGUCCAGCUCUGGAGAUGUACCUUGGUUAUGUCCCAUCGAUCGAGCAGAGCAAGAGAAGGCAAGAAGAAACGGCGUGACUGGAGGCUGUGAUUGGAUCGACGGUGCUCCCUCCACUAAUAAGAACAAUCCGCCCAAAGAAGUGGACAUUACGGCAGCGGCCGCACCAAUCCUCGACUGGUGUGCCUGGGGAUACUCCGACAUUCACCGUGAAACCGUCCCGCUCAAUAUCUCUCCCUGGAUGCUCCUGUCGCUCUGUCGCGCGGCAAUCCAUAACGUUCUCGUCGGGUGA